CUGGCAAAGCACCUGGCUAACCAAGUUUAAUGCCUGCGUAAAAUAAAUAAUAAACAAUCUUGGUGCUGAGAGAUGAAAACUAGGGCAGAGCAAUGCAAGGACGAAGGUAACAAAUGCAUAAAAGAGGGUAAAUAUACAGAAGCCGUGAUCCACUACACAGAGGCCAUCAAACAUGAACCCCACACGGCAGCCCUGUACAGCAAUAGAUCUCUGGCAUUUCUCAAGAUUGACCAGCUCUAUUUGGCCAUGGAAGAUGCUAAGAAAGCAGUUCAGUUAGAGCCAAGUUGGCCUAAGGGUUUCUUUAGAAAGGCUGAAAUAGAAUUUAAGGCUGGGCAUUUUAAUAAAGCCUUAAUUUCUUACAAGCAAGCUUUGAUUCUUGGUCCUACAGACCAGGGUAUUCUAGCAGCAAUAGCCAAAACAAAUAAAGAAAUAGCAAAAGAGAAACAAGAUGCUGUUCGCCAACCAGUAAUGUAUACCUGCCUAGGUCUUGCAGUUGGAGUCAUGGUAGUAGCUGCAGAUCAGUUGUUAACAACUAAGCCAUCCAUCCAGUUUGCUAUUUUACAAGUUUUAUUAGUGGCCAGUUGUGGGGGUGUUGGUUUUAUUGCAUCUAAAGUUCAAAGGUAUUUAGUAACUAGCCAGCGUGAAGCUCUUCUUGAAGAACCACUAGAUCUGCUCAAAGAGAUGGGAGAUGUACCAAGAGAGGAAAAAAAUAACAAUAAAUCAUCAACCACAUCAUCAACCACAUCAUCAACAAAUAAACAUAGUCAGUCAGCAGGAAGGCAACGUAUGAGGAAAGGAAAAUCUUAGCCUGAUGCAUAUUUGUUUAUUUCAUUACCAAACACAUUUUGACUCAUUUGUAUAAAAACCAAGUACUUCAAGUUAACAUUUUAAAUUAUUUUCACUUAGUAUAAUGCUAUUCUUUCAUUUAUUGGAUUUUAGUUAAGUAAUUUAAUUUAGCAGAGCACUUCAUAUUCGGAUCUUUAUAACUAAUAUUCUUCCUAACUGGUGAGGUGUUUUAAAAUAAUGAUUACAGUAAAGACUGUAUUAGGCCGGGCUAGUGGCCAUAGCUUUUUAAAGUCAUGUCAAAGUUACUGUGACAGAUGUUUACUAUUCUACAAUACAGAGAUCACUGUGUGUUUUCUUAGAGAUUUUUUUUUAUAUAUUCAGACUUGCAUUUUUUAUUACUAGUCUAGUCAGAAAAAGUUCUUUAAUGAAUGGCCUGCAGUUAAUAAUAAGUAUGUAUAAGUUUAACAGUAAUUCCUGCUGUAAAUCUCAGUUAAAUGUCAAGCCAGAAAAAAAGUGUUUUGCCUCAACAGUUGAUUUCAAAGAAAUGGCUAAAUUAGCUCUUGGCUUUGAUACAUUUUUUAAAUUAUUUUUUUUUUAGUUUUAUAUUAAAUAGAUAAAACUUUGUAAAAUAGGUACUAAGAUUUAUUUAAGGAAUUAAGUGAUUAAAGAAUUAAACUGUUCAAUACAUUUUUAAUUUAUUAUUAAAAUAAAACAGUUUGAUUUUAUAAAAUAUCUUCCGGGCUUUUUUAAAAAUCUCAAUUAAAAAAAUUGUUGUAAUAACACUAACAUACUUUUAGAGUUAAGUUAGGAUUUUUAUUUAUAAAACUCAUUUUAAAAGAAAAAUUUUCACAGGCAUUAAUGAAGAUUAGAAUUUAGACUAGUUAAUGAUAUUGGCAUUUUUUAAAUGAGUGCUGAGAUAUAUUGUAUAAAACUGUUGGGAAAAAGUGAAUGAGACUAAUUUUAAAUGAAUUAAUAUGAGACAUUUAGUGAUGUAUGAUUUUUGCUUGAAUAUCUGAAUGUGAAAGUCUGCACGAAAUCUAUUUAUAACGCAGCUUUUGUCAGUUUUUUGAGGCAUUUGUUUUGAAUAUUAACAAAUAAAUUACUUGCAUC